AUGGCGACGACGGCCAACACACAGGCUUCCUUCACCGACGUCUUCCUCGGCAAAUGGGACCUCGCCAAGACCGACUCCUUCAUGUCCGAAUGGGUGCCCCUCUCCUACAAGGUUAGGACUUUUUUAUGGGACCUGGAAGACCUUGGAUGUGUCAGAUCGCGGUCGCCUACCUGGUGCUGAUCUUCCUCGGCCAGAAGUUCAUGAGUCGAGUCAAGCCGUUGGAGCUGAACGGCACGUUGGCCGUCUGGAACUUUGCCUUCUCGCUUUUCUCGGGUAUCGCCGCCUACAAGCUCAUCCCUGAGCUCGUCUCCGUUUUCCGGAAGGAUGGCUUCGUUGGUUAGUUAUUUAUUUCAGACUUUAACUUGGAUUACAAGGGCACUGGAUUUAUUUUAUCUCGUUGGAAAUCCUCCCAGACUCUUGUUGGUAGAUCGAGUUAAAGUUUUUCCUGAAAACCAAUUCAAGAAGUCUUAACUUUCUCAAAAAGCUAAAAUUGAGGUCAGACCAGUUUUUUUCAAGUUCCUGAGCAUAAUUAAGCUCUUAUUAACAUUAUUUCCAAUCUCAAAAUGCUCCUGGACCCCAAAAAUUCAUAACUACCCCUAAAAUGUUCCGAUGCACGAUGAAGCAACUUUUCCAAGCUUCUGAGCAUGAGCUGUUGCCUACCAAUCCAAAUUUCCAACUCAAAAUCCUCAAUAAGUCUGUAAAAGCUUGAAAAUUAUCAGAUUAUUGCUUUUUACUCAUUUUUUCUGUAGCAACUCUUUGCAAAACCAUCGACAAACACUUUUUUUUCGAAAAAAAAAAUUUCAAGUCUUAUUUGACCAUCUGCAACCUGCUUCUUCCUGUUAUCUUGUUAUAUUAAGAUAAUGAAGUUAUCUUUUUCCAAGGACCUUUCAUAACUUCUAUAAAGAAUUUCAACUCACUAGUCAGCCCAAGACUAGCCUGCACAAUUACCCAAUAAAUAAUAUCUAAAUCUCAAAUUUCCAAAGAUUCAGAUCAAAUGAAGAGUCCGGAUAGCUACCUUAUCAAUCAUAACUAAACCUCCGAUUUGCAGCCUCCUACUGCAACAACGAGACCUACUACACGAACCCGUCCACGGGCUUCUGGGGCUGGAUGUUCGUCAUGUCCAAGGCUCCGGAACUCGGCGACACCAUGUUCCUGGUUCUGAGGAAACGGCCGGUCAUCUUCAUGCACUGGUACCACCACGUGCUCACCUUCGUCUACGCUCAACUCACCUAUUCUGAGCACCAGGCCUGGGCUCGCUGGUCCCUCGCUCUCAACCUUUUCGUCCACACCAUCAUGUACUUGUGAGUCUUUUUUCCUUAUUUUCCACUUCUAGGCAGUUUUUUUUUGAAUGUAAAAAAGUUCAAUUUUUUCUCAAAUUUGCUCUUUUGAGAAGCUCUUUCUUCAUAGAAAUCGUUAAAAAAAAAGCAGGGUAAGUCCAAUUUUGCCACAUUUUAAAAACUGAAGUCUUAUCAGUUUUCUGGCAGUGUUGAUAGGAUCAUUAACACGUGAAAAAAAUUCCCAAACAGCUCACUUUCUCAAAAAUCAAAACUGAUUCUGAGUAACUCUAUUCGCUGCUCAAACUGCUUGAAAGCUUGAAAAAUGGUUGAUUUUCGAGAAAUGCAUAUUUUUCAACUGUUCUGGAGUCUUAUGAAAUCUCAGAGCCGUGUCAGAAGUUGAAUAAUCACAUUUUCUUGCCGUAUUUCCUAUUUUGACCAAAAAAAAAGCUGGAAUCCCUAUGAAAAACCAUCCAAAGUCCGAAAUUUUUCCUGAGAAGUUGCAAAGAAAAGAAGCUUUCUCUAUGACGUUUCCUAAAGUUAUGUCCCAAAUACAUCUCUGAAACACGAAACUUCAAAAAUCCAUGAACCUCCUGCUUCCAGCUACUUCGGAGUCCGAGCCCUCAACAUCCAAACCCCGAAGCCGGUGGCCAAGUUCAUCACCACCAUCCAGCUCGUCCAGUUCGUCAUCUCGUGCUACAUUUUCGGACAUCUCGUCUACAUCAAGUCUUACAACACCAUUCCCGACUGCGCUGUCAGGUGAGCCUUGGAAAGAGUUCAUAUUGAAAGAGGUGCAAAAAAGGAGCAUGAAAAAUGAAUAUUUUCUUCAACAACUAUCUUUUCAAUGGAUUCAAGCUCAAACAAAGAGACCAAAUAGAAUAAUCCGGCAAUCCUCGCGCUUUAGUGACUAAAUAAAGAGCAAUAAUGACACUAAAAGUUUGCAGCCCUUUUGAGCCGUUUCGUGCUUAAGCGGUACUGAUAAAGGUUCAAAUCAGCUGAUAAAAUGACGCAAAAAUGAGAAAAACUGACCCGAAGUAGACUUUUUGCAACAUUUUACACUUCUUUUUACGGGCCUUCUUUCAGGCUCCAUAAUUAUACUCAAGAAGGAUCACAAAGGUCAAAAAUAACUGAAUUAAUGGCGAAAGAAAGAAAAAGGCUUCAAAAUAAAAAUUACAUAAAAAAAAUAGGUGAGAAGAAUCAAGAGACUGGCCUAAAAGCUAGAGAGCAUUCUCAAAAGAUUUCUUUCAAACCGUUCAAUGAAAUUUGUCGAAAAAAACACAAACUAUCCAAAAUUUCAGCUGGAAUGUGCUCUCGAUCGGCGGUUUGAUGUACCUAAGCUACCUGUACCUGUUCGCCGAGUUCUUCUACAACGCCUACAUCAAGAAGCGAAGCCCGACCAAGGCCAAGGCUCAGUAA